CUACAACCAAAGUAGAUAAAAUAUCUAAUAAAGAUGAUACGCUUGUUCAUCAAAGACAGAGAAAUCAAAAAUGGAGGCAAACUUUCAAGUUGACAAAAAGCAACUGAGAAGUGAACGGGAUGAAUGUGAGAAAGUAAUCAAAGACUUGAAAGAAAGACUGAAGAAGUCCCAGGGAGUCAAUCAUUCUGAAAUCGAGCAUAUGAAGUGCAAGUUAAUUAUGGAGCGACAUGAGAGAGAAAGAGAACAGGCUGAUAAUUUUAAAAUGAUAAAAGAAUUGCAAAAGCUGUUGUGCGACGAGCGAUGCAGCAAAGAACAAUUGGAGGCGCAACUAAAGACGCAUCUCGCGAAUAAGACUCAGUGCAAGAUUCUCGAAGCUGAGCUCGAGAUCACCAAGACCAAACUCAAGCAGGCCGAAGAAGCGGCGAAGGAAACACCACCGCUUCUUCUCUCGCUGCAAGCUGAGAUGGCUGUAAUGAAGAAGCAACACUUGAAUGCAAUUCGCGAAGAGCAGAAAAGAACUGCUGCCGCGGAGCAAGAAGCAAGAGGACUGGCGAUGGUACACGAAGCGAGAGUAGCCAGUUUGGAAGCUCGAUUGGCUGAAUUGUCCGAAAUCGUCGGCAGCUACGACAGAUUAAGGCAACAGGAUCGAUUAGUUAUUCAAAAAUUGACAGAUAGAUUGGCCGCUUUACAGGAUACCGAACAUGAAGUUGUAACAUCGAAUAACCGACCGGAAGAAAUUAUUACUAAGAUAAAGACUCUGUAUACUCAUUUGUUGGAUCUUGAUAAUAAAAAAAAAGACUCGGCCUGCGUAAAAGAGUUGCUGAAUAGCUUGGAUCUGCGAGAUGAACAUUCCGAUUAUAAAGAGAAGUACGACAUGCUUCUGCAAGAAUUUGAUGACUACAAGCAUCAAGUGAUAUGCAAAUAUAAUGUGUCGUCCAAUGCGCUUCGUGGUAUUCAGCAACAAAAUCAAGGGCUAUCCCUAAUAUCUGACAAGGAUCACGAUAAGACUCAGUUGCAUCUCCUCAAAGUCCAUAACAUCAACUUAGAGGAAAGAAUACGUAUGAUUAGUAAAGAAAUGUUGAAUAAAGAGAGAGACUGGCAAAUGCAACUGGAUCAUCAACAAAAAUUAUUUCAAGAAGAACACUCAAAGCUGGAACAUACGUUACAUCAAAAGGAUACUGAAUUUCGCAACAAAAUAUCUUUAUUGGAACAACAACUGCUACGGCAAAGAGAACGAUCCAUGGCUCUCGUAGAGGAAAAGGAUAAGGAAAUAUUAACAUUGAAAACGUCAUUUCGCACAUUAUUACCUAACAAAGAGAUUGCUGUUGCUGCUACUGCGACAGAAAAUAAAGCGCCUUUAGUCAGAUAUGAAAGUGCUGUCGAGCCUAUUACUGAUUUGGUAACGGGAUUACUAACAAAUGAUAGCCCACCGAUACUACAUUACACUCAGGAAUUGGCCAGAAAGGAAGUGCAAGUAUCUACAUUAAGGAAAAAAACCCUGGAAUUAGAAGGGACACUGAGAGAGCAGCAAAGAGAAAUACUUCAUAUGAAGGAGCAGCAACAGGAAGAAAAUAAAACAUUGAAAGCGCAUAUCACUAGGCUGGAAGCGUGUAAAUCGAGAGAAGGUGCCAAUUUAGAAUACUUGAAGAAUGUAUUUAUAAAUUAUUUAACGACAAACGAUGCGUCCAGCAAACGGCACAUGUUAAAUGCCAUUUCAACGGUGUUGCGCUUCACUCCUGACGAAUUGAAUAAAAUCAAAUAUUAACGGUAAUGUGCAAUAAUUAUAUUUUUACUAA